UCUCUCUAUUUAAAAUAAAAGAAAAAGAAAAACCACGCGAAUUUGCAGUUUCUCGAACCAUGGGUUCGCUCGAGACACCGACCAGUGCGGAAAACGGUUCCUCUAUAACCGCCGGCAACGGAAAAUCUUCCGGCGACGGAGGCGCCCGGGUCCAUCAGGCGGUUACGGCGCAGGAGCCUGACGUAUCGAAGCGACGGAGAUCGUCGGUGCUCCCCUUAGAGGUUGGGACGCGUGUGAUGUGCCGUUGGAGGGACGGGAAGUAUCACCCUGUCAAAGUCAUAGAACGCCGCAAGGGGAACGUCUCUGGCCCCAACGAUUACGAGUAUUAUGUCCAUUACACUGAGUUUAAUAGGAGGCUUGAUGAGUGGGUGAAGCUUGAGCAGCUUGAUCUUGAUUCCGUGGAGGCUGUUGUUGAUGAGAAAGUGGAAGAGAAGGGGGCAACAGGUCUGAAGAUGACACGUCACCAAAAAAGGAAGAUUGAUGAGACACAUGUAGAGGGCCAUGAGGAGCUUGAUGCUGCCAGUUUGCGAGAACAUGAGGAAUUUACAAAAGUGAAAAAUAUAGCUACUAUUGAACUUGGAAGAUAUGAGAUUGAGACAUGGUACUUCUCCCCAUUCCCACCAGAAUACAAUGACUGUUUGAAGCUGUACUUUUGUGAGUUUUGCCUCAAUUUCAUGAAGCGCAAAGAACAGCUUCAGAGGCAUAUGAGAAAAUGUGAUCUUAAGCAUCCCCCUGGUGAUGAGAUAUAUAGAAGUGGUACGCUGUCAAUGUUUGAGGUUGAUGGAAAAAAGAACAAGGUUUAUGGGCAGAAUCUUUGUUAUUUGGCAAAGUUAUUUCUUGAUCACAAGACCCUGUAUUACGACGUUGAUCUGUUUCUGUUCUAUGUUUUGUGUGAAUGUGACGAUCGAGGAUGUCACAUGGUUGGCUAUUUCUCCAAGGAAAAACAUUCUGAGGAAUCUUACAAUUUGGCAUGUAUCCUCACCUUGCCACCUUACCAAAGGAAAGGCUAUGGGAAAUUUCUAAUUGCUUUCUCAUAUGAACUUUCCAAGAAGGAGGGCAAAGUUGGGACACCUGAAAGACCCCUUUCAGACCUUGGACUGCUAAGCUACCGAGGAUAUUGGACCAGGGUUCUCUUAGACAUUCUGAAAAAGCAUAAGGGCAAUAUUUCUAUCAAGGAGCUGAGUGAUAUGACUGCCAUUAAAGCUGAAGAUAUAUUGACCACUCUUCAAAGCCUGGAAUUGAUUCAGUACAGGAAAGGACAGCAUGUUAUUUGCGCAGAUCCAAAAGUUUUGGAUCGCCAUCUUAAAGCUGCUGGGAGAGGGGGUCUGGAGGUUGAUGUUAGCAAAUUGAUCUGGACUCCUUAUAAAGAACAAAGUUGAUGGUCAUAUCCAUCUACAAAGGAAUACUAUGAUAUAGUUUGUGUAUAGAGCCUAGGCUAGGUUUCUUAGUUGUCAACAUUACUCCUUUGAUGUAUGUGUAUUAACAGAUAUGGUUUAGUACAUCUUGGAUGAGAAUAGGAGCAUAACUGAUUGUUUAAUGUGCUCAACCUUUGCUCUCUGUAUUAAGUAUAUCUUCGUUUCUAAUGAUGAAUGCCCCCUAGGAAAGAUUUUUUAUUCAUGGAUUGUUAGAAUAUUAGAUAUGAUAUGAUUAGAUUUGAUUAGAUAUGAUUGGAUUCUGUCUUAUCCGUAAAUAGUCUGACUGUAUUCUGACUGUAUUAGGAUUAGGUUUGGGCCUUACACUUAAGCCCAUUAGGGUCUCUAUAUAUUGUAACUCCCUG